UGGAGCUAGAAUAAAAGCUCAUUUAUACACACGACCUGCAAGUCUUCAGUUUCUAGUCUUCCUAUUGCCUCGUCUUUUCCCUCCCCCACUUCAGACGAAAAAAAGCCAAACUCUGGUGUGUUUUAAACAGUUUGAGGACUAAUCUGAAAGAGGAAGAAGAAUCUGUAUAUAUUGGCUAGCAAAUGUGCCCUGCUCUCUCCCCUCUUGUAAACAGCAAUUCAUCUUUUCAAGGAAACUUGCUUAAAAAGCAGGUACUCUGUGAAUGGAGUGCUCUUUUAGGACCCUCCAGGGUAUCCAGAUUCAUCUGCAGCUUGCUAACAAAGAGUUAGCACUGAUAGGUCAGAUUUUCUGAAGACAAAGCUUGCUUCUGAGAGCGAAAGCAAAAGGACCCUAAACUGUGAUCCUUCAAGUUAGCAGCGUGAGCUUCCUCAGCUAUUACACCAUAAGAAGCACUGACCACCAUAAGAAGGAACACUUGUGAAGAGUACUGCAGUGUCAGAAAAAGGUGCCAAGCAGACAUUCCUAGAGAAACAUGGAUGAAGCUGGAAAUCUGACAGUGUCUUCUGACAGUAAUAACACAUGCCAUGACACUAUUGAUGACUUCCGCAAUCAAGUGUAUUCCACCUUGUACUCUAUGAUCUCUGUUGUGGGUUUCUUUGGCAACAGCUUUGUGCUCUAUGUCCUCAUAAAAACAUAUCAUGAGAAGUCAGCCUUCCAAGUAUACAUGAUUAACUUAGCAGUAGCAGAUCUACUGUGUGUGUGCACACUGCCUCUCCGUGUGGUCUAUUAUGUUCACAAAGGCAUUUGGCUGUUUGGUGACUUUUUGUGUCGCCUCAGUACAUAUGCCUUGUAUGUCAACCUCUAUUGUAGCAUUUUCUUUAUGACAGCCAUGAGUUUUUUCCGUUGUGUUGCAAUCGUUUUCCCAGUCAGGAACAUUAAUUUGGUUACACAGAAGAAAGCCAGGUUUGUGUGCAUGGGCAUUUGGAUUUUUGUGAUUUUGACCAGUUCUCCAUUUUUAAUGGCCAAAUCUUACAAAGAUGAGAAAAACAAUACCAAGUGUUUUGAACCUCCACAGGACAAUCAAGCUAAAAAUCAUGUUUUGGUCUUGCAUUAUGUGUCUUUCUUUGUGGGCUUCAUCAUCCCUUUUAUUACUAUUAUUGUCUGUUAUACAAUGAUCAUUUUGACUCUACUAAAAAAUUCAAUGAAGAAAAAUCUAUCAAGUCGUAAAAAGGCUAUUGGAAUGAUCAUAGUUGUGACAGCUGCCUUUUUAAUUAGUUUCAUGCCAUAUCAUAUCCAACGCACCAUUCACCUUCAUUUUUUGCAUAAUGAAACUAAACCCUGUGAUUCUGUCCUUAGAAUGCAGAAGUCAGUGGUCAUAACAUUGUCUCUGGCUGCAUCAAACUGUUGCUUUGACCCUCUUCUAUAUUUCUUUUCAGGAGGGAACUUUAGGAGAAGGCUGUCUACAUUUAGAAAGCAUUCUUUGUCCAGCAUGACUUAUGUGCCCAAGAAGAAGGCCUCCUUACCAGAAAAAGGAGAAGAAAUAUGUAAAGAAUAGUAAUAGAAAUACGUGAAGAAUAGUUUAAACCCAUUGCCAGUGCAAACCAUAGUAGAGUCCCCCAAACAAAUAUUUUCUCAAGUUAUUUACAAUAAAAAUAAAAAUUUCCACUAAAAAUUUACAGGUAUUUAACUAUGUGUGACUUUAUUUCUACUGGGUCAUCUGCAAAGUCAUGACAUAUUUUUCUGUUUUUCUAUGCAAAAAAAAUGUGUCAUGACUUUUUCAAUGACUAAAUAUCUCAGUUAUGCAUUCAUACUAUUAGGUAUUUAAAGAUGAGUUUUAAGUGUUAAAAAUUCAGUCCAUCACUAUGAACUAAAUUGUAAAUGUCUUUCUUAUCAUUGCCAGAAGGUGUAGAUGUGUCAUUGCACCGUAAAACUUAGGUCCGAAAUCAAUGUUUUCCUCCUCAAAUGAAAGCUUUAGAACUAUACUUUUAAGAUAUAAAAUUAGUGGGGCCAGCAGCUGACAUAGUCGUUAAGGUGCUGGAUUCCCACAUGGUCCACCGUGGUUCGAGUCCCACACCUGGCAUCUUGAA